AUGUGGGAAAGACCUCGAUUGCUUGACGAUCCUUUUACAACUCCGAGUCCAGAAACCCCGCCAAGUACGAACUUCAAAUGGGCUAGAGUCUCUCGUCCAGCUCGGUUCUCUGGUCUGCGAUUCUCACCUUUCAGGAUCGGCAUAGCGCUUGUGGUUUUUGGAAGCUUCAUUCUCGUGCGUGACUGGAUUCCAAGGUCUGGAGGAUUAGUGAACAUCUCCAAUGUAACCGUUGUUCCUCAAGCUGCUUUCCAGCCACCUGAAGCGGGAAGAUAUCGCGCCCCUGAUCUAAUCGAUACCUUCCAAUCAUACAAAUUCCGGAAUACAUGCAAUGUUUCGUCUCUGGAUCUUCAUGCUCCGUUCAGUCCGCUUUGCAAGGACCGAAGCUCCAUGCUGGCUGCAAUGUCUUCCGGUGGGAGGAUUGGCCACGAUGCUCCAUAUAUGCCUCGGGAAUGUGAUAUGCGAUGGUUCACCACCGACGAGAUUUGCGAGAUACUGGGAAGGUUUGAUAAGGUUGUGUUGGUGGGUGAUUCCAUGCUGAGACACAUAAUUGGGAGCCUCAACAUCUUGAUCCGGAAAGACCUUGGUUAUGGUGCUGUCACAGAUUGGAACUUCUCCUUGCAAGAAAGUAGGAAGGAGUGUUUCUGCAAUGAACAAUUCAAUGUCAAAGCAUGUUCCGUUCAAGGAAUCUACAAGACGGCAGACGUGUUGACUCAUGAUCCAGAGAGCCUGGCAUGUAAUGACCCAAUUAAUGUCAUCAUGGAAGAGAUCGUGAGAUUCCCGGUACCAGAGCAUGAGAUUAAACAGUUGGAGGACAGCAUCGGUGAUCAAGGAGAAAAGGAAAUUGUGUUCCUGUUUGGUCAUGGCUUGUGGAGCAAUCUCGACUUACAGAAAACUGUAAAUUGGUUGGACGCUGUGUUGCGUGUCGUAUCCGGGACGAUCGGGAGAGAGUGGCAUGGAUUAUUCAUCACUCCCAAUGCUUCUGGGAAGGAGAAGCCAGAUGAGUGGAUUGUGACACAGGGGAACAAGGCGCUGAUGUUGUUUGAGGAGGCCGUAGGAAUCGAAGCGGCAAAGAGAGGGAUCGAGCAUUUGGGGACUUGGAACAUGAGUAUUCAGAGUAAUAAGUAUGAUGGUGUCCAUCUGGAUAUGAGGGGAAAUCUGGUCAAGGCAAUGAUGGUCUUGAAUUGGUUGAACCUGAUUGAGUAG